CCGGAGGGAGGGAGGGAGGCAGGACGGCCAUAACCCGUGAAAGAAAGUGAUCGCUGCUCUUGGUGGAUACACGCUCGUGAAGGGUCGCCCCGGAGUCAGCGAGCACAAAGCGGGAUAUUAAAUCCCACUCUGCUGUGACGCAUCCAAUUGUUGGACUCUGUGCCGACGACGGAGCGAGACUAAAUGUCUGCGACGUUGCCAAAAGCUGCAGCUCCUGCCAAGAUUAUGAAGUAGGUUACUAGAUGUGUCAUUCUGGCGCCACCUAAUCCAUAAAAUGGCCCUCCUUUCUGAUGAGAGACUGUAACCGGAGCGGGCAUGGCGGUGCUGCUCUCCAGACUGCACUGCCCCUUGAAGCAGGCUCAGAUGUUACUGCUCUGCCUGGGAAUCGCCUAUCUCAUGGCAGGCAGCGUUCUGCUCAUGCACCGCUCCAACGUUCGAGUGGGCCAGCCAACAAGCCUCCUGGCGCUUCCUCCCUCGCUGUCGCUGGUGGCACCUCCGACCACCCUCCAGACUGCAGGCUUGGGCCUGAGGAUACGCUCCAGAUGGGCUACGGUACAGUUUGCAUCUGGCAAGGUGGGACGCCACUGGCCUUCUCCAAGCCCGGGAGUCCAACACCUGCAUCGCCACUGGUUUCACGCUAUAUUGCCAGAGAGCUCGGAGAACGCGGCUCCUGUCCGAAAGAAGCUCAGCCAUAAAGGGACCUACAUUGGUUGCUUCUCGCACAACACCAGCGAGCGUGCCCUUGGAGGAAUUCUGCUUUAUGACCUGCGGAAAAUGACCAGCUCUCUGUGUCAUGACACCUGCUCAGAAAGUGGGUACCAGUUUGCAGGAUUGGAGUACGGCGCCGAAUGUCACUGUGGCAACAAAAUCAAUAGCCCGCAGGUUGCCGAGGAGGAUUGUAAUCUGGCGUGUCGGGGUGAAAGGAGCUCUCCUUGUGGCGGAGUGGGGCGUCUCUCCAUUUACAAAGUGCAGGAGCAGAUGCCUGGUCACAGAAAAUUCAAGAACGCUCACCACCGAGGCUGCUUCAAAUUGGUGAAUGCCACUAUCAACAACUUCCCUAUCCACUCAUUUCAAACCAAUCUAACCACUCAGUCCUGCAUCGAGACGUGCACCGACAAGGAGCUCCCGCUUGCUGUGUUCAAGCAUCCCCAUUGUUUCUGUACUUGGACGUCGUCUCUCUUCAACUUGGACCAGCAAUUUGCUAAAAAUCGAUGCAUGGAGAACACUAGCCUGAGCGCCAUUAGUAACGCCACGGCAACAACGCUCAUUAUGCAGGACUACUAUCAGGUCUAUCAUACACCUGUCCUUGACUCCAGGUGCAAGGAAAGGAUGUUUCUACCUAAGAGAUCCAGCUCACUUGUGGCUCUCUCCAGUUUCCCCGGUGCCGGCAACACUUGGGUCCGACACCUGAUUGAGCUGAUGACGGGCUACUACACGGGCAGCUUCUAUUUUGACGGCACCUUGUAUAGCAGAGGUUUCAAAGGAGAGAAAGACUUCUGGCGGAGCGGUCGCAGCAUUUGCGUGAAGACUCACGAGAGUGGAAAGAAAGAGAUUGAAAUGUUCGACUCGGCCAUCCUGCUGAUUCGAAAUCCUUAUCGGUCUCUGAUGGCUGAAUUCAACCGCAAAUGCGCUGGACAUUUAGGACAUGCGUCCGAUGAGCAAUGGAAAAGCAAAGAAUGGCCCGAAUUCGUCUCCAGUUACGCCCCCUGGUGGGCAUCCCACGCAUUGAGUUGGUUGAAGUUUGGACGUCACCUACACGUGGUACACUACGAGGAGUUACAAACGGCUCUUCUCCCUCAGCUCCGGCUCAUCAUGGCUUUCCUGAACGUCACCGCCACUGACGAGCGGCUUAUCUGCGCUCAGAGUAACCAAGAUGGCUACUUUAAACGGGCCCGGCAGUUAACCUUUGACCCGUUUACACCCGACAUGAGGCGAAUGAUUGACGCCUUCAUUCGUACUGUCGACGAGGCACUACAGAGCAGGAACUUCAGCGGACUUCCGAGAGAAUAUUUACCCAGAUGAUGGCAUGGAAAAUAGAGAGCAAACCACACACAAUGGCCAAUGGAAGAGGACCAAGCGGUUCUUUGUCAGGCCAGAUGUCCUUCGAGUGGAACCAAACGAGAGAUUAGAGGAGAAAACAAAUCGUACGGUGAACGCCGAAGCCUCUAAGCUGGACCUUUGUGUGAACAGCAAUGCUAAGAGAGGAUUUCACAAGAUGUGCGUGCGUGUGGCACCGGAAGUGGAUUAUCCAGCAUAGCGUCGAAAGAAUGAGAUGCAAAUUGAAGAUGGAAAUAGUUCCCUCAUCUUCUCUGUCAUAUUCUCUUUUGUGGUACACCCGCAGAAGAUAGCGACAGGUCUACCUGAUGGCUCUCAGAUUUGUUCCCUGCUGCUGCACACUGGCAAUGCUGUCAAAUGCGUCUUUUAAUUAAAACCAUUUUCAUUGCAUUGUAAAACUCCAG